UUUUGGCGAGCUCGGGUGUUUUCACCGUGAGUGAUGGUAAACAAACAGGCGUGAGGCGUGGAGGUGGGUCUGUAUACAAUUUUUCCAAGAUGGGCAAAAAGGGUAAGUUUAAGCCCAAAAAUACACAAGACAGAAGGCAGUUAGAAGGCAAACAGGAGAAAAAACUUAAUCCUUUUGAAGUCCAUAUUAACCGAGUGAAGCAUGACAUUGUCGGUCGUAAAAGCAAAGAUGAUCGUGGUCUACCUGGAGUUGCCAGAGCAAAAGCAGUGAAAAAGAGAGAAAAAACUCUGUUACAAGAGUAUAAAUUACGCAACAAGAGCAAUGUAUUUAUUGAUAGACGGAUUGGUGAAAAUGACUCGAGAAUGGACCCAGAAAAGAAGAUUGCUCUUCGACUUGCUGUUGAAAAGAAAAAACAAUUUAGCAAGAAAUCACUCUUCAACUUGAAUGAUAAUGAAGAACUGACACAUGGUGGCUUCUCUCUGAAUGAUUCCAACCUUAAUGACAAAAUGGGCAUCAGUGACGAAGAUGAUGAUGAUGAGAUGCUUGAUGCCCAGUUUGUCAAAGAGAAACAUUUUGGUGGUGGUGGAUUUCUGAGCAAAAGAGAGGGCCAGGAAGUAGAUGACAAGGAUGGCAAACCAAAGAGCAGGAAGGACUGGAUUGAUGAAAUCAUAGCUGAAUCGAAAAAAAAGAAGGCCGAAUCUAAGAAAGAGAAAGAGGAGCAAUAUGAAGCUGUGAACAAAUUGGAUGCAGAGCUUCAGUCAUUUAUGACGAUGAUGGCAAGUCAUACACUCACUGAUGAAGAUAAAGACAAGGCCAAGAAAACUUGUGAGUUCAGAGACUAUGAUACCAUAGUUAAAGAGCUUGGAUUUGACCGCAGUGGUAAAGCUAAGGCAGUAGAGAAACUCAAGACUCCUCAAGAGUUAGUGAAGGAAGAACGUGAACGCCUUCUAGCGCUGGAAACAGAUAGGGUGCGGCGGAUGAGAGGAGAGAAGAACAAAGGAAAUGUUGGACUCAAGAGUGCAGAUGACCUUGAUGAUGGGUUUGCCAUUGAUAAGGACGACAGAUUUCAUGUUAGCUACAGAGAUGGCGAGAUGAUUGCAGCAACAGUUGAAGCUGACGAUCUAGAGGAAGAAGAUGAGGAUCAAGAUGAAAAUAAUAAUAGUGCAGAAGAAGAAGAAGAAGAAGAAGAGGAGGAGGAGGAAGUGGAAGAGGAGGAAGAAGGGAAGAAGGUGGAACAGGAAAAUGACAAAAAGAACAGGGUUCACCAGGAAAAGGACAAUAAAAAUAAUGACAAAAAGGAUGAAGAUGACAAAAGCACAGAUGAUGAGAGUGACAAAUAUUCUGAUAUCCUUGAAGACAGUGAGAGUGACGAGGAUACAGACCUACCCAAAGAAAAGGAAGUGAAAAAAGUUAGCAUUCAGAAAACAGCAAUGAUGGAAGCUGCUAAAAAGGAAAUACCCUAUACAUUUGAAGUGCCCCAGGAUUAUGAUUCAUUUUGGGCUUUACUUGAAAAUCAUUCACCAAAGGAAGUAAGCCUUAUCUUGGAGCGAAUGAUAUCAUGCAACCAUCCAAGUUUAGGAGGCACUAACAAGGAAAAAUGUGAUGAUAUUUAUGCCUAUAUUCUGCAGACUCUACACGUUUUAUCGGACCCAGAAGGAGAGUCUCCGAUCCCCAACGUUUCACCAAUGAUCUAUGUUGAUUCUUUUAUUCAGCAUCUCUUCACAAUCACUCAAGUGUCACCUGCGAACUCUGCAAAGGCUCUGUUACAGGUCAUUGAAGAGAAGUAUGAAGAUUGUGCACACUCCAAAUUUAAGAGAUAUCCCAUGGCCAACACAUUUGUGUUCCUGAAAAUUGCUGGACUUCUUUUCCCAUCUUCAGAUUUUAUUCAUGUAAUAAUGACUCCUGUGGUGAUAUUCCUGACUCACCUGCUGGGUCGAGCCAAGAUUGUCACAAAGAGAGAUGUUACUGCAGCACUGUUUUCAGCACAUCUUUUGUUUGAGUACAUAAGCCUUUCUAAAAGGUUUAUACCAGAGCUGGCAAACCUAUUAAAUGGUCUUCUCUUCACUGCAAUUGGAGGUCAAGAUAAAAUACAUCUUCCGCUGAAUCCUCCAUUUAGACCUGUUGGAGCAGCCGCUUCCCUUCUCUAUUUGGAAAAUGCUGCAACAAAGUGUAAAGAAUCUAAACUAACAUUAUCCAGUAUUAACAAAGAGGAGGAGGAGCUGACUGAUGACUUUAAAGUUAAUAUCGUGUGCAAAACAAUGAAGCUUCUUAACCAGUUAUGUAAAUGCUGGUCACAAAAUCCUUCAAUACGUGCCAUUAUGGCACCUACAACCAAACUUUUGCAGUCCCUUUCCCUAAAGAAUUAUCCUUGUUGGGUAAACGAGGCUUCAGAGGAAUUAUCAAGAACAAUUGGAUCCUUGCCAGUCCAGGGAUGUGCACUUGUUAGGGAAGAAAGCAAACCUGUAUCUAUCAAGAUGUAUGAACCAGCUAUUGAAAACAUAAUUGAAGGUGUGAAGAAACGUCAUGGAACAAAGGAUUAUCUUGAAAAGCAGAAACUCUUACACAAACUGAAACGUGAAAAGAAGGGGGCCAGGAGAGAAAUCCAGAGAGACACAGCUUUCUUGGCCAGACAACAGCUGAUGGAGACAAUUCAAAGUGAUGCUGAACGCAAGAGAAAGCUUGGACAGAUCAUGGGUGGAUUACAAAUGCAAGAGGGUGAAUUCAAGAAGAUGAAAAAGAAUAAAUAAAACCUAUAUAAAUAUUAA